AAAGCAUUUAAAGAGUGAUUGAAAGUGAAAGUCAUUUGUGACUUGAAGUUCAUUACCACAGAUCAAGGCAUCAGUUAAUUGUUUAAUAAAUAAUUAUUAUAUUUAUAACAAUUGUCACAAAAUGAUGGGUCGUCUCGUGUUUGUCACGGGAGCGGCCGGUUAUGUCGGAUCUCACUGUGUCCUCGAGUUUUUAGUUAAUGGUUACGAUGUCAUAGUUAUCGAUAAUUUAGUCAAUUGUGUCAUAACUGAUGGCAAUGAACUGCCAGAAAGUUUGAUUCGUGUCCAGCAUUUGACGGGAAAAAAGAUCAAACAAUUUAUUGACGGAGACCUUCGGGACAGUCAUCUAUUGGACUCUAUAUUUGCAAACAACGACAUCGAUGUUGUCAUUCAUUUCGCCGGUCUUAAGGCAGUCGGCGAAUCAAUAGAUAAACCCCUACUAUAUUAUGACAAUAAUAUCAUCGGAACUAUUAAUCUGUUGAAAACAAUGAAGAAAUACAAAGUCGACAAAUUGGUAUUUUCUUCGUCCAGCACAGUCUACGGCGAACCGGAACAGCUGCCAAUCACCGAACACUUUCCGACCGGCCAGAACUGCACCAAUCCGUACGGCCGAACAAAGUAUAUGUUAGAGGAGAUUAUGAAAGACGUGUGUCGGGCGUCGCCUGACUGGUCAAUCAUAUCUUUACGCUAUUUCAAUCCAGUUGGCGCCCAUUUUUCGGGCGAUAUCGGCGAACAACCAAAUGGUGAGCCGAAAAAUUUGAUGCCAUAUAUCACUCAAGUGGCAGUCGGUGUGAGACAAGAGCUGAAAGUAUUUGGUAAUGACUAUAAAACAAGUGACGGCACCUGUAUUCGCGACUAUUUACAUAUUGAGGAUCUGGCGGUCGGACAUCUUAAGGCAAUUGAUAAGAUUUAUAACAACAACUUUCCUGGAUUUCACGCCAUUAAUUUGGGCACUGGUAGGGGUUAUACAGUUUUGGAGGUUAUCCGAGCCUUUGAAGUAGCCACUGGAGUGAAGGUUCCUUAUAAAAUAGUCGGUAGGCGUCCAGGAGAUGCCUGUGCCGUCUACGCGGACGCCAGGUUAGCACAGGAGGUGCUCGAAUGGAAAGCCACGCGAGGACUACAAGACAUGUGUUCCUCGGCCUGGAAAUGGCAACAGAAAAAUCCCAACGGAUACCGAUCUAAAAUAAAUAUUGUUCAAAUUUUGUUGUCUAAAUUAUGAAGGUUACACAAGUUUUCAUUGUUAAACACUUGACUAUUUCAUAUAUAUUGUAUACGUUAUUAAAUUAUUGAAAAUAAUUUGUGAUUAUAACUUA